UACUUCUAGGUGGCAGAAUCAGCCUCAAAGGCACUAUGGAAUUACAUCUCCAAUUAGCUUGGCUCCUCCUAAGGAUAUAGAUCACAUUCAUACCCGGAAGUUGGUUGAAGCAAUGAAGCCAUUUGGAGUAUUUGAAGAUGAGGAAGAACUGAAGCACAGACUUGUUGUUCUUGGGAAAUUGAAUAACUUGGUGAGACAAUGGAUUUCAGAACUUGGUGAAAGCAAGAAUCUUCCCCCUUCAGUAGUAGCGAAUGUUGGUGGCAAAAUAUUUACAUUUGGCUCUUAUAGGCUUGGAGUACACACUAAAGGUGCUGACAUAGAUGCAGUUUGUGUUGCUCCUAGACAUGUGGAAAGGUCAGAUUUUUUUCAGUCGUUCUUCGAAAAACUGAAACAGCAGGAGGAAAUAAAAAAUCUAAGAGCCGUUGAAGAUGCGUAUGUACCAGUUCUCAAGUUUGAGUUUGAUGGCAUUGAAAUUGAUCUUGUGUUUGCAAGACUUUCUAUGCAAACUGUUUCUGACAACCUCGAUCUUGGAGAUGACUCACGUCUGAGAAGCUUGGAUAUAAGAUGUAUACGGAGCUUAAAUGGCUGCAGAGUUACUGACGAAAUAUUGCACCUAGUGCCAAAUAUAGAGACUUUUCGGCUAACGCUCCGUGCAAUUAAACUGUGGGCAAAACGACGUGGCAUUUACUCCAAUAUGUUGGGAUUUCUUGGAGGGGUCUCCUGGGCAAUGCUAGUAGCAAGGACAUGUCAACUUUAUCCCAAUGCUUUGGCCUCUACUCUCAUUAACAAGUUCUUCUUGGUUUUUUCAAAAUGGGAAUGGCCAAAACCCGUCUUGCUGAAACAUCCUGAAGACAGCAAUCUUAAUUUACCAGUAUGGGACCCUAGGGUGAACCCUUCAGACCGAUAUCACGUAAUGCCAAUCAUCACUCCAGCUUAUCCUCAGCAGAAUUCUACGUACAAUGUAUCUACGUCAACGCGAGCCGUAAUGGUAGAAGAGUUUAAACAUGGUCUCGCAGUUACAAAUGAAAUUCUACAAGGAAAAUCAGACUGGUCAAAGCUAUUUGAACCUCUGAACUUCUUUCAGAAGUACAAACAUUAUAUUGUGCUGACUGCUAGUGCCUGUACUAAAGAGCAUCACUUAGAGUGGAUUGGCCUCGUUGAGUCUAAAAUUCGUGUUCUCGUCGGAAACUUGGAGAGGAAUGAAUUUAUAACUAUUGCACACGUAAAGCCUCAGUCUUUCCCUGGGAACCAAGAACUCUGUAGACAGCAUGGAUAUGUGUCAAUGUGGUUUCUGGGAAUUGUUUUUAAGAAAGUGGAAAAUUCAGAGCGUGUUAACAUUGAUUUAACACACGUUAUACAGUCAUUCACAGAUACAGUUUACAGGCAGGCUAGCAACCUCAAUGUACUGAAGGAAGGUAUGAAGAUUGAGGCAGCCCAUGUGAAAAGAAAACACCUCCACUAUUUUUUGCCUGCAGAAGCCUUACAGAAAAGAAAGAAGCAAAGCAUGCCUGAUAGUAGUCAAAAUGCUAGUGGGCUUCUGUACAAAAGAACUUCAGAUGGAAGUUGUGUGGAUGGUUCCAGAGAGACAGACUCCAGAGCACCUUAUAAUUCCUCUUCAUUAAAUAAGAUAUCUAAAUUGGACACCUCUACAGCAGAGAUAGAAAGAAAUGCUGUACAUCAGAGAUCUAAUGGUGUUAACAACAGAGAGAAGAUACCUCAGGUAGCUGUGCCUUCAGUGUCUAAGGGACUCUCCAUUCCUGUUAUUAAUUCAAAAAUGGAGGCUCCAGUUGCAUUAAGAACAUCAGGACCUCUAAUUGGUUGCACCAUUCCAGGACAUGACACAAUUUCUCAACUUAGAGCGCAUUUUGUCCAAGGACAUCAGGAAUUAAGUGGGACUCCAAUUACAAAUCCUAAGAAUGCUGCACCUAAACAACCUUAUUCACUGACCUCUAAAGGAUGUCAUUCACCUACAUCAGAACACCCCAAAAAAGCAAUAGAUGGAGAAAAGUUAACUGGCCAGGAUUCAGCAUUCAAGGAUGGUGGCAAUCCAGAAGAUGUCAGGAGAUCUACAGAAAACUGUGUCCUUGCAGGAAAAUCCGUGCUGAUUCCAUUUAUCAACACAUCAAGAUCACAGAGGCUUUCCAGUAAAGAACUACCAGAUGCAUCAUCUCCUGUUCCAACAAAUAGUAUUCGUAUUAUUAAAAGAUCCAUCAAACUCACCCUUAAUGG